AUGAUUAUAUUGAGAAAAACUGAGAUUAGGGGGCUGUCCUCUGCAAGGAUAAGGAGCACCAUGAUAUUCGCUAGCGUACAGAGGCGGACGCUCACCAGGCUGGUGAAUCCCAUAAGACAGCAGCAUCAGCAGAUCUCCAAGCAAAGGAACUCCAAGCUCUUCAAAAACGUGCAUUUCUACGAUUUCAGGUCGCUGCCCAAGGUGCCCACCACUCAAUAUCUGGAGGCUAGGGAGCUAACCCGGGACAUCCUGUACAGCGGGUACAGGCCUGUGAUGUACCCAGUGAAGGAAAACCCCUUAUUCAGAGACAAGAAGAAGAAGUCUCUGCAGAUGCUCCUAGCAUCCGACGAGGAGCCUGCCACGGUGGCCAAGAAGGCCACGGCAAAGGACGAGCAUAAAAACGUAUUGUUUGGCGAGCGUGGCACAGGCGGUAUAAUGUCCGGUGGCGUAAACGGCACGUGGAAGUACAACCCGACGGUGCCCAACGAGCUGCUGCCCUACAACUGGUGGUCUACGUCCAGUAUGGGGAUGGAGUAUUUCCCUGAGUGGAAAGACGUCCCUUCAUACAUGAUGAGGAAGUUGAAACCCUUUGAUAGAGCACUACAACUACAGUCAAAACUCAGUAACAAGAAAAAAUAA